GUCCUUAGAAGAACACCAUGAUCAUCCUAACGUGGUAAUUGGAGAUCUUCAGUCAGAUGAAGAAGAUAUCAUGAACAGUUCUGAUGAAGAUGAUGACACAAAUUCUGAUUCCAGCAAAGGGGAGCCUGAUCCUCAAGAAGAUAAACAGAGUAAGGCAGCUGGAAAGAAAACAAAGGUUUACCAUAUUGCCAAGGAGAUCAUGAGCUCAGAGAAAGUGUUUGUGGAUGUGCUAAAGCUCUUACACAUUGAUUUCCGGGACGCUGUGGCACAUGCCUCUAGGCAGCUUGGAAAGCCAGUGAUUGAGGACAGAAUCCUGAAUCAGAUCCUGUACUACCUACCUCAGCUGUACGAACUCAAUCGGGACCUCCUGAGGGAACUGGAAGAGCGAUUAUCUCACUGGCUCGAACAUCAAAGAAUUGCUGAUAUAUUUGUUAAAAAGGGUCCCUACUUAAAGAUGUAUUCAACUUACAUCAAAGAAUUUGAUAAAAAUGUUGCACUAUUAGAUGAACAGUGUAAGAAGAAUGCAGGUUUUGCUUCAGUAGUCAAAGAUUUUGAGAUGAGCCCCCGCUGUGCUAGUCUGGCCCUCAAGCACUAUCUGCUCAAGCCGGUUCAGAGGAUUCCCCAGUACAGGCUCCUGCUGACAGAUUAUUUAAAGAAUCUUUUAGAAGAAUCUGCAGACUAUAGGGAUACUCAAGAUGCUCUAGCUGUUGUCAUAGAAGUUGCAAACCAUGCCAAUGACAUCAUGAAGCAGGGAGAUAACUUUCAGAAACUCAUGCAGAUUCAGUACAGUUUAAACGGACACCAUGAGAUUGUACAGCCAGGACGGGUCUUUCUGAAAGAGGGAACACUGAUGAAACUGUCUCGGAAGGUCAUGCAGCCACGAAUGUUUUUUCUGUUCAAUGAUGCCCUGUUGUAUACUACUCCGGUUCAGUCAGGGAUGUAUAAACUCAACAACAUGCUGUCGUUGGCUGGAAUGAAGGUUAAGAAGCCAACCCAGGAAGCAUAUCAGAAUGAACUGAACAUUGAAAGCGUUGAGAGAUCCUUCAUUCUUUCAGCAAGUUCUGCUACAGAAAGAGAUGAGUGGUUAGAAGCUAUCUCCAAGUCAAUUGAAGAAUAUACAAAAAAGAGAAUCACAUUUAAUCCUAGCAAAAGUCUUGAAGAGGCAGAUCCAGAGAAGGAGGAGGAAGAUAGUCCGCUGGGAUCAAAGGCUCCGAUCUGGAUCCCUGAUACAAGAGCCACGAUGUGUAUGAUCUGUACGAGUGAAUUCACCUUGACGUGGAGAAGGCAUCACUGCAGGGCAUGCGGAAAGAUUGUCUGUCAAGCUUGUUCAUCAAAUAAACAUGGUUUAGACUAUAUGAAAAACCAGCCAGCAAGAGUAUGUGAUCAUUGCUUCAGGGAGCUACAGAAACAAGAUAACCUGUGCACUCCUAAGAGCGGAUCUCCAGUCAACCAUAAAUCCCCAUCAAGUGCCUUGUCUACAGUAUUACAUAGUAUUCCCUCUGGAAGAAAGCAGAAAAAAAUUCCUGCAGCCCUCAAAGAAGUUUCAGCAAAUACAGAAGACUCUACAAUGAGUGGCUAUCUACACAGAUCGAAGGGCAGUAAGAAGCCAUGGAAACACCUAUGGUUUGUUAUAAAAAAUAAGGUGCUAUACACAUAUGCUGCUAGUGAGGAUGUGGCAGCGUUAGAGAGCCAGCCUUUACUUGGAUUCACAGUCAGUGAAGUAAAAGAUGAAAACUCAGAGUCUCGAGUGUUCCAUCUAUUGCACAAAAACACUUUAUUUUACAUAUUCAAAGCAGAUGAUCCCCAUUCAGCUCAAAAGUGGAUAGAAGCUUUUCAAGAAGGCACCGUACUAUAG